UCCAGAAAAAAGAUUGACAGAUCUGUUUGCGGAAGUUGCCUGCUGGAAAUUAACUAACUUGAAAACUUAAUGUGGACUAACAAGCAACUGUACAGAGUCAGAUGUUGUGUCCACUUGAAGAGUCCUGCACCAUGAAGCUGCAGUAAGGGUAGACCGUGUCUGUGACACCGCCCCCGUCUCUUUCCCUCCCUGUGACUGAGCCACCAUGUCCUCUGUGAUGUUUCCACCUCGCUCCCCACCUGGGAGCAGUGGCUCUGGCGGCGGUGACAUACCUGCAACUAGUGUGACGACCCAGUCUGCUGAGCAGGCUCUGUUUGCAUCGGACCGCUACGCCCGACUCAUCCUGGCCCAGAUGAACAAGAUGCGCCUCCGGACAGAUUUCUGUGACGUAAGGCUGCGGCUGGGAGGCCGUGUGUUCAGUGUCCACAAGCUGGUCCUGGCUGCAAGCAGCCCCUACUUCUCCGCUCUCUUCUCUGGGGGGAUGAGCGAGGCAGACAAGGAAGAGGUCCAGAUCCUGGGGGUGGAGGCACCAGUGUUUGAGGUCCUGCUGGAGUUCAUAUACACAGGUAUGAUUAACGUGACUGUGGAGAACAUGCAGGAGCUGAUGGUAGCAGCAGACAUGCUACAGCUGAGUGAGGUGGUGUCUAUCUGUGGAGAGUUCCUCAAGGGCCACAUGGACCCGUCCAACUGUGUGGGGGUAUACCAGUUCCUUGAGCAGAUCGCCUGCAUAGACAUGCUGGCGUUCACUGAGAACUACAUCCAGGUCCACUUUCUGGAGGUGUGUGUGUCGGACGAGUUCUGGGGCCUGUCCAAGGGCCAGCUGGUGAAGCUGCUGCGGAGUGAGGAGCUGCGAAUCGAGGAUGAGUACCAGGUGUUCACGGCGGCCAUGGACUGGGUCCUGCAGGACGUGACCAAGAGGAAGAAGCAUGUGGUGGAGGUGCUGGACCCAGUCAGGUUCCCCCUGCUCUCCCCACAGAGACUCUUCAAGUACAUCGAAGGCAUUUCUGACUUCAGCCUGCGGGUGGCGCUGCAGACACUGCUGAGGGAAUACACAGAGGUCAGCAAGUCUCCCAAAGAGAAUAAGGUGUACAGCCUGUUACAGCCAGCCAAGAUGAGGCCAAGGAGAAAGGCCAGGAAAUACCUCUAUGCCAUAGGAGGCUACACUCGGCUGCAGGGCGGCCGUUGGAGUGACAGCCGGGCCCUGAGCUGCGUGGAACGCUUUGACUCAUUCAGCCAGUACUGGACCACUGUGUCCUCCCUGCACCAGGCCCGUAGCGGGCUGGGAGUGGCUGUGCUGGAGGGCAUGAUCUAUGUCGUUGGAGGGGAGAAGGACUCCAUGAUAUUUGACUGCACAGAGAGAUACGACCCGGUGACUAAGCAAUGGGCAGCUGUGGCCUCUCUCAAUUUCCCUCGCUGUGGUGUCGGGGUCUGCCCCUGUCACGGGGCUCUCUACGCACUGGGUGGUUGGGUUGGAUCAGAGAUAGGGAAGACAAUGGAGCGCUACGACCCGACAGAGAAUAAGUGGGAGAUCAUUGGAAGCAUGGCAGUGCCUCGGUAUUACUUUGGAUGCUGCGAGUUACAGGGCUUCAUCUAUGUGAUCGGGGGGAUUAGUGAUGAGGGGAUGGAGCUGCGUUCUGCAGAGGUGUACGACCCCAUUUCCCGGCGCUGGAGUGCCCUGCCAGUCAUGGUGACCCGGCGGGCCUACGUGGGCGUGGCCUGCCUCAACAACUGCAUCUACGCUGUGGGGGGCUGGAACGAGGCACUGGGCUCCCUGGAGACGGUAGAGAAAUACUGCCCUGAAGAGGAGAAAUGGGUGGAGGUGGCCCCCAUGGCAGUGGCGAGGGCCGGGGUGUCCGUGUCAGCCGUUAACGGACUGCUGUACGCCGUGGGGGGACGGGCCUCCAGCAGAGACUUCUCGGCCCCCGUGACGGUGGACUCUGUGGAGAUUUACGACCCCCACCUGGACACCUGGACGGAGAUUGGCAACAUGAUCACCAGUCGCUGUGACGGGGGUGUGGCCGUGCUCUGAGAUUGAGCCGUAGUAGAACCAAGGGAGGUGGUUCGGUGAACCGCGAAACCUGAUGAGUAGCCGUUUUCUUUUUUUCUGGAACAAAUCUCAUUCUCAGACGAGAAUGUGGUUUUAUGUCUGGCACCGUGAGAUUACAUGAUGAGUAACCUUGCUUGAGAUUUGGAUACUUGAGUUAGCUACAGAGCUAUAAAGGCCAAAAUGGCUUUAGCUUUGGGGCAAUUCCAUGGUAUCAGAAGACUCAGAUUUUUCACUUUAAAAUGUAUGCCAAACAAAUCAAAUUGUAUUUGUCACAAGCGCCAAAUACAACAGGUGUAGACCUUCGUGAAAUGCUUACUUACAAGCCCUUAACCAACAAUGCAGUUUUAAGAAAAUACCUAUAAACAAAGUGAGAGAUAAGAAUAACAAAUAAUUUAAAGAGAAGCAGCAAAUAACAAUAGCGGGGUUAUAUACAGGGCAUACCGGUACAGAGUCAAUGUACAGGGGCACCGAUGUCGAUGUAGGGAGAGUUAUUAAAGUGACUAUGCAUAGAUAAUAAGAGUAGCAGCAGUGUGUGUGGGGGGGGGCAAUGCAAAUAGUCAGGGUAACCAUUUGAUUAGCUGUUCAAGAGUCUUAUGGCUUGGGGGUAGAAGCUAUUUAGGAGCCUCUUGGACCUAGACUUGGCACUCCGGUACCGCUUUCCGUGCGGUAGCAAAGAGAACAGUCUAUGACUAGGGUGGCUGGAUUAUUUGACCAUUUUUAGGGCCUUCCUCUGACACCGCCUUGUAUAGAGGUCCUGGAUGGCAGGAAGCUUGGCCCCAGUGAUGUACUGGGCCGUACGCACUACCCUCUGUAGUGCCUUGCGGUCGGAGGCCGAGCAGUUGCCAUACCAGGCAGUGAUGCAACCCGUCAGGAUGCUCUCAAUGGUGCAGCUGUAAAACCUUUUGAGGAUCUGAGAACCCAUGCCAAAUAUUUUCAGUCUCCUGAGGGAAAUAGGUUUUGUCGUGCCCUCUUCACGAUUAUCUUGGUGUGCUUGGACCAUGUUAAUUUGUUGGUGAUGUGCACGCCAAGGAACUUGAAGCUCUCAACCUGCUCCACUAUAGCCCCGUCAAUGAGAAUGAGGGCGUGCUUGGUCCUCCUUUUCCUGUAGUCCACAAUCAUCUCCUUUGUCUUGAUUACAUUGAGGGAGAGGUUGUUGUCCUUGCACCACACGGUCAGGUCUCUGACCUCCUCCCUAUAGGCUGUCUCAUUGUUGUCGGUGAUCAGGCCUACCACUGUUGUCAUCAGCAAACUUAAUGAUGGUGUUGGAGUCGUGCCUGGCCAUGCAGUCAUGAGUGAAUAAAAAAACAUAUUUCUAAGUUUAACAAACCAUAUAACUCCAUGCACAACUACUACUUUGAACAAUUUACACAGUAACAAAAUAUACAUUUACUAGAAAAACUGUGCAGAUGCAAAGUUUCGUAACAGAAUUACAGUAAAAUCUCCCUCCGUUUUAUUCUGUUACCAAACUUUGUAACGGCACAGUUCUUAAUGUAAAUGUGUUUUUGUAAAAAUUUCCAUUGGAAAUUGUUCAAAGUAGGCAUUGUGCAUAGAGUUCUAUGGUUUAACUUUGUAAUCAUUGGUUUUUGUUUGACAUAUUUUAAAGUGAGUCUCAGCGUAAUUCCGUUAUCAUGAAUUUGCCCUUAGCGGGCUGACUCGGUGGUGCAGCAGGAGACUGGGUUUGCUACCCAGGUUGGACACACUAGACAACUGCAUAUGAUGUUCUUAGCCAUAUCAAAGACGAGUCCUCAAGUUUAUUAUCAACAUGACCUUCACCAGCAAUGUAUUUAACUUUUGAACAGCAGUGGCAGAAUGCCGCAGCAGAAUCAAAUUCCGUUAUCUGCUAUACCCAUGGUCACACAUUGUACUCUGUUAGCUAAUGGAGGGUGAACUACAGUUGGGAUGAGACUUGUAGAAUACUCUUUUAUGCUCUUCACAGAGCAUGAACACAGACUUUUUUAGCUAGAAGAGUUUGGUGUUUUCUCAAAAUACCAGACAAAUCACUUUUUGUGGAAUAGAUGGAUUUCGGAAUGUUUGGAUUGUUUUGUUGUUCUGGAUUGUUUUUUUUAUUGCUUUUAUGUAACUGAACUAAACGUACAUUGAGCCAAACGGAUGACUGGGACACUGCCAACCAAGAAACUGUUGAUUCAAAUGAGCUGGCUAGGCUACAGUACUUACUCCCAGUCAGUCACAUGGCAGACCCAUCUGUUUCCAUCAGUCAGUCACUUCACUGUUCUGUUUCAGAGAAGUGUGCCAGUGUUUCUGGAUGGUCAAUAGCUUUCAUUGUUACUGUAUUGUCUCAGCUUAUUUGUGUGAACUUAAAAACAUUGGCACUUUCAGGACCAUUAUAUUCUCCACUGAAGUGUACGAAGGAUGUUUGUCUGUUUCUGAGAAUGGGAUGGCUGGCUGUCACUCUUUGAUAUCCUAUGAAUUGUUUCAACCGGUGCACUUUUAAUGGAAAUUUUUAUAUUAAUUUUGCCCAACUUCAAUUUCUCAAAAUUACCACCAAAACUAUGUUUAACUUCCAUGAGAGUUGUGAGUUAUCCAUGUUGACUGAAGGUUGACUGACCUCUAGUGCGAUGAGCUUCAUGUGUUUACACUGAGUUAUAUUAUACCUUGUACUGCACUUACUUGACUGCUGAAGGAAGAAGCUACUAUGAGCAAAAUGUUACUUAUGGCCCCUCAUGUGAAACUUUGUUACGGUUGGAAAUGGUAAGCUUAUGGUAUCGUUCUGCUGUGCUCACAGCGUUUGUUAAAUGAUCACUAAGGUACAUUACUCUGUAGUAGAACUGUUGCACUCAAGUAUUUCUGUUUAAUAUGUUGCAUUGACAAACGCAGCCAUUGUGUGUGUGUGUGUGUAUAUAUAUAUAUAUAUGUGUGUAUAUAUAUAUAUAUAUAUAUAUAUAAAAAAGAAAAACACUGUAAAUAUCAGUGCCUUUUUAGUCAGUACUCACCAUUCCAAAAACAUUGAGAAAUGUCCCUUUGUUUGAAAAUACUGUAGCUUGUAUCACCUUCAUUCAGCAACGGCACUAGAUUAAAGUAAAUUUAUAUUUCAAUUCUCACCUGUUGAGGAACAGAUGUGUCAUGAAUAACACAUUGAUUAAAAGAAAAUCCAUAUGUGAAAAUGUCA